AUGGCGCAACCAGAUCAUUCACUCUUGGAUGGUCUGAGUGACGAAGAGAAGAAAGAAGCGGAGAAAGUCCGGCGCUGGAGACAUGAUAUACAGAGAGAGUUACUACCGACACCCGAGUAUCUGCAGCGCAGAGGACCCUUGACCGUGGAAAUCGCGCGCCCAGUAGAUAUAUGGUUCAAGGAGAUCGAGUCGUACGAUGGUAUGACGAUCCAAAGUCUAUCUUACUCAAAGAUUGGAAAGGUCAUGCGCCACGUGGUGCUUCUCGAUGCCGAGCUCUUGCCGUCCAGCGUCGACGACGCCUUCGGAUUCCGAGAGCGCGCUCGGAAACUCGUUGACUCUUGGCAUUCCGAACUUGUAAGGAGCCCUCGCCACAGAAGUAGGCCUUCGGAAUCUAGCCAGGCCGCCCCGGCACCUUCUUUCACAGCUGGCGUUUCUCCCAAUGAUACCAGCGGCAGCGCACAGGAGCCAAGGUUGACUGUCGGGGGUCCACCUAUAGAAUCCCCUUUGGCCGAUCGAACACGGUCCGAGAGGGAUGGCGAAGACGUCAACCGGCAGGCCAGAUCGAAUACCGGAGCAGUUGAAGUAGUCUUGGACAUUGCACCCCCCAAAAAGAGCCUCGACGCGCGGCCAAUAAUUCCAGAAGAAGCGUCCUCGCCGCCCAUACAGGACACCAUAGACGGGGCCGAGGCCGUGUGUGACAGUCCGGACCUUGCGAACCCCGAUCCAUCUCACGAGACCACAACACCGCCAUCGCUGGCCGACGUCGACCCUGAAGCUCCUGAAGUUCAGGGCGAGACUGACGAGGGAACCGACAACGCCUCGGGCGAUGAUUGGGUCGUGAUCGACGUAAACGUGCAGAUGGAGAGUGUACGCAUCGAAUAG